AAAGGGACUUCUUUCCUACUCAUUCUCUUCAAGAUAUUGAGUCAUUAAACUCCGUCAAAUCAGUCACAGAGGUUUGGCAUCCUCGAGGCUCAUCAGGAAAGUCCUGCAUCAGCGCCGGCAAACUGACAGAGUGGACUCACAUGGGCAGGAUGGAUUUAUACCAGAAAUAAGACGUCAGCUUCAGAGGUACACGUUGGUUUCGUAAUGACAAGCUGCUGUGCAGAAGAUGUCCACGCUGUCUGUGACUGAUAUUCCAGAUGUUGGUCAUGAUGAGAGUAAGGUGUUUGACGGGGCCUCUGAGUUGCAGCUGGACUGCAUGGUUGAGGAAGGCAGUGGAAGCACCGCAAUGAAGCACGGCGGCCUGCUGUCACUGGCUGACCUCUCCAGGCCAGAUGACUUCCCCGCCCCCCCACACAACGGCUCAUCCCUGACCGACAUAAGCAGCCCUCUGCCGGUGGAGCUGAGCGACAUCAAGUUGGACCCUGGAUCUGCAGGGGACACACCCGCCAGCAUAGAUGGCCAGCCAGUGAAGAGGAAGAAGGGGCCUGCGCCGAAGAUGCUGGGCAAUGAGGUGUGCAGUGUCUGCGGGGACAAGGCCUCUGGCUUCCAUUACAAUGUACUGAGCUGCGAGGGCUGCAAGGGCUUCUUUCGACGCAGCGUCAUCAAAAGCGCCCAGUACAACUGCAAGAACAACGGCCGCUGUGAAAUGGACAUGUACAUGCGGCGCAAGUGCCAGCAGUGCCGCCUGCGCAAGUGUCGGGAGGCGGGCAUGCUGGAGCAGUGCGUGCUCUCUGAGGAACAGAUCCGACUGAAGAAGAUGAAAAAGCAGCAUGAGGAUGUGACGGCCCGCAGCGCCACAGUGGUCACCCCUACCCCUCCUCUGGAAACAGUUACUCUGGACCCCCAGCAGCAGGAGAUGAUCGAGAAGCUGGUGUCCAUGCAGAAACAAUGCAACAAGAGGUCUUUCCUGGAACGACCCAAAGUGACACCGUGGCCUGAGAGUCAGGACCCUCAAAACAGAGAGGUGCGUCAGCAGCGCUUCGCCCACUUCACUGAGCUUGCAAUCAUGUCCGUGCAGGAGAUUGUGGAUUUCGCUAAGCAGCUUCCUGGUUUCCUGGAACUCACCAGGGAGGACCAGAUUGCUCUGUUAAAGACGUCAACCAUUGAGAUUAUGCUGCUCGAGACUUCUCGGCGAUACAACCCUACUAUCGACAGCAUCACGUUUCUGAAGGAUUUCAGCUAUAAUAAGGAGGAUUUUGCCAAAGCAGGACUUCAGUUUGAGUUCAUCAAUCCCAUCUUUGAGUUCUCAAAAGGAAUGAAUGACCUGCAGCUGGACGAGGCCGAGUACGCCCUGCUGAUCGCCAUCAACAUCUUUUCCGCAGAUCGGCCAAAUGUGCAGGAUCAUGGACUGGUGGAGAGGCUACAGCAACCCUACGUGGACGCACUGCGCUCUUACAUCAUGAUAAAGAGACCAAAUGAUCAUCUGAUGUUUCCGCGCAUGCUGAUGAAGUUGGUGAGCCUCCGUACACUAAGCAGCGUCCACUCGGAGCAGGUGUUCGCCCUCCGUCUCCAGGACAAGAAGCUUCCACCACUGCUUUCUGAAAUUUGGGACGUCAAUGAGUGACGGCAGACCGGAUGUCACACUCUGUGAAGUCUUGAGACAGACGUUGCAUCAA